AUGCGCGCUUCGGCCGCCGCCACCUUCCCCUCGCCGGGAAGCGCGCCGGGCGAGGCGCCGGGCAGGGGCGGCCGGGCUGGGCCCGAAGGAGGCGGGGGCUGCCCGGGGCUCUCCCAGCUGGGCCCGGACCGCCGCCUGAAGAGCGCGCCCCUCUUGCCCCGCCCGGCCCCCAGCCUCGUCCGGCUGCGGAGGCCGAAGGGCGCAGCGCCAGGGCGGGCAAGGGCCGCCAAGGGUCUCCGGCCCCCGCAGCGGAGAGCGGCCCCCGACCGGCUCGGAGCCUCCUCCGCGGAGGGCCCCCCCGCAGACGCCCACCGAGCGCGGCUGCCAGACCCUCCGGUCGGCCGCGGGUCCUUCUCCCGGGGAGUCGGGGAGGCCGGCAGGUGCAGCGGCGCCACUUCCCGCCCGCAGGAGCCGCCCGCCUCCCCGCCACCGCCUCCCGCCCAGGGCCCCCUUACCGGCGGGGACGGGAGGCGCCGCACAGCGGGGGAAAGCCGCUCCCUCUGCCCGCCCCCUGCGGCUCCGCGCCUGGGCGGCCUGGCCGGGCGGAGGGGAGACGAGCCGCGCCGUGACGAAGCAGGACUGGGCGCGCCGGGCGAGGCGGAGGGCGGGCAUCUCUCCGGCCGCAGCCCCGCCGCCCCCGCCGCCCCUCCCAGCCUCCCUGCCCGUCGGCCGCCGACAGCCCGCAGGCCCCCGGUUCGCCCAGGCCCCGGACCCGCCCCGAGCGCCGCUUCCCCGGCCCCGGUUCCCCCGCGGAAGGCGGACCAGCUGCCCCGCGCCCGCAGCGCCUCCCUCGCGGGGCGCAGCGCCGCAAUCGGAGAGCUGGAGCGAAGCGGCGCCGGAGGAGACCUGCCUCUCGCCCCAAGUCGCCCCGGUGCCCCCCUCCGCCUCCGGGCCUACCUUCACUGGAGCCGCUCCGUCCUGGGGGCGCCAUCCGCCCCGCGGCCAGCAUCUCUUCCCCGCCGCCGCCGCGCCCGUCACCUCCGCGGCUGA